GAGAAUAUCGCCGUCGCUGUCGUGUCGAGGACGCCGCGUCGCUCCUGUGCCGCUCGAAUUCGCGUGGGUCUGUUUACUUCCAGUUUGUGGUCCUCCUUCAUCCUUGUUUCCCAGUUUCAAUUCCUCGCUUCGGCAUGUAAACGUGCUCGGGUCUUGUGCUUGGUGUUUCUGCUCCUUCCAAGUUGUUCUCUCCUUGUUUUUUGUUUCCUUGUGAAAUGUGACAGAGUGCUAUGGCUUAUCGAGGCUUGAGUCGACACGUGGAUAUAGAAGGCCUUCCGUCCCCUGGAAAUCGCUUCACGCUCCAAGAGCUCAUCGGCGAAGGCACCUAUGGAGAGGUUUUCUGCGCUUUGGAUACUACCACAGGGAAGAAAGUAGCGGUGAAAAUCCUGGAAAAUGUGGCGGAUAACAUCGAGGAAAUCGAGGAGGAGUUCCUCGUGCUCCGGGACCUGAGCUUGCAUGCCAACAUCCCCGCUUUCUACGGUUUGUUUCUCCGGAGGGGAACUCUCCCCGAGGAGGACCAGCUAUGGUUCGUCAUGGAGUUAUGCACUGGUGGAUCGGUGACAGACCUGGUGCAAGGACUAAAAAACCGGAACGCCUGUUUGACCGAAGAACAAAUCGCAUAUAUUUUGCACGAGACUGUUCAGGCGUUGGUCCACUUGCACAACAACCAUUGUAUGCAUCGAGACAUCAAAGGUCACAACAUACUGUUGACGGAGGAAGCCCAUGUUAAAUUAGUUGACUUCGGCGUCUCUUCGCAUCUAGCUGCGACGAUGGGCCGGAGAAAUACAUCCGUCGGAACACCCUAUUGGAUGGCGCCUGAGGUGAUAGCUUGCGAGCAACAGCUGGACUCGUCAUACGAUGCACGUUGCGACGUUUGGUCCCUGGGGAUAACAGCCGUGGAGUUGGCUCAAGGUGAUCCCCCCUUGUCAGAGCUGCAUCCAAUGAGAGCUCUAUUUCAAAUCCCUCGCAAUCCACCCCCACAACUUACCAGGCCAGACUGCCCGCAACUUGCUGACUUUGUAGCCGAGUGUUUAAUGAAGGAUCUGGAACAACGACCCUUUGCCAAAGAGCUUUUGCGACACCCUUUGCUCAGAAAAGGAGCCGCCUGCGCUCAGAAGGCUCGAAAUGAAUUAAAGGUGGAAAUCCAGCGGCAAAGAAAAGAUGGACGAUGUCAUAGACAAGCAGAGGUAACAACCAAACACGGAAAGCUCAAGACAGAACGAAAAGCUCAACCGAAGAAAAUAUAUUUUGAUGAUUUAGCUGCUCUUGACGUUUUAUCAGAGGAAAAUAUAGUUCAACAAUUACAACAUAGAUAUGAAGCAGAUACAAUUUACACUUAUAUUGGAGAUAUUUUAGUGGCUGUGAAUCCUUUUACAAGACUUGGACUUUACACGCCAGCUGAACAAAAGAAAUAUUGCGGUCAAGCUCGUUCGCUAAAUCCUCCACACAUAUUUGCGGUAGCCGAUGCUGCUCAUCAAGCACUGAUACAUCAACGACUCAACCAAAGCAUUGUGAUAAGUGGUGAAAGUGGUGCCGGCAAGACAGAAAGUGGAAAUUUGCUGUUGAAGCAGUUAGUUUUUUUAGGCAAGGCGCCAAAUGGUAAUUUAGAAGAGAGAAUAUUACAAAUGAACCCCCUGAUGGAGGCUUUCGGAAAUGCUCAAACCGGUAUCAACGCAAACUCAUCCAGGUUUGGUAAAUUUUUAGAGCUAAGUUUGACAAGGAGUGGGAGAGUAACGGGUGCUAGAGUAUCUGUAUACUUAUUGGAGCAGUCACGCGUUGUACAAAGAUCACAGAGUGAACGAAAUUUCCACAUAUUUUAUUACCUCUAUGAUGGUAUUUAUAACGACAAUAGAAUGAAAGAAUUUCAUUUAGAUCCAGACUUAAGAUUGCAACAUUCAGUUUUAACCAAUGAUAAACAGGAUGCUAUGACUCGGAAGAACAAUAUUGAAAAAUUUGAACAAAUAAAGUCAGCAUUCAAAGUCAUCGGCUUUCAAGCUGAAGAAACAAACUCAAUUUAUAAAGUACUCGCAGCGAUACUUCAUUUAGGUGACCUGGAAUUUGGUGAAGUCAUCUCGGAUGACAACACUGAUAAUAAAAGUAGAAUUAUUGACCUGGCUCCGCUUCAUAGAGCAUCGAAUCUGCUCGGCAUCGAGGCAGGAGAUCUAUCUGAUAGUUUAACAGCAAACACUGUUGUAACCAGGGGUGAAACUAUCACCCGGAACAACUCUGUCAUCGAAGCUUGCGCAACACGAGAUGCUCUCGCAAAAGCAUUAUACAGUAGAUUAUUUGACUGGCUAGUCAACUCAAUAAAUAGUUUACUUACUUUCAAUUCCCGGGAUGAGCCUCUGGUGAUUGGUCUGUUGGAUAUCUUUGGAUUUGAAAAUUUUGCCAGGAACUCCUUUGAGCAAUUGUGCAUCAACAUAGCUAACGAACAAAUCCAGUUUUAUUUUAAUCAGCAUAUAUUCACCUGGGAGCAGCAGGAGUACAUAGCAGAAGGUAUUCCUGUGGAUCUAGUUGAAUUUACUGAUAAUAGACCAGUUUUAGAUAUGCUUCUGAGCAGGCCAAUAGGAUUACUAGCUCUUCUUGAUGAAGAAAGUCGGUUUCCUCGGUCUACUGAUCGUUCGCUCAUAGAUAAAUUUCAUGGCAACAUUAAGAGCAAACUGUAUAUUCAGCCCAAGUCCAACGCCUUGUGUUUCGGUGUUUACCAUUUUGCUGGAAGAGUAAUAUACCAAGCUGAAGGAUUUCUGGACAAAAAUCGGCACUUCCUAGCCCCUGAACUCAUCCAAUUACUGCGAGGCUCACAUAUUGAGACAGUUCGUUUCCUCUUUCAGUGCCCCAUCACCAAAACUGGGAACUUAUACUCUCCCAACUCUACUCCUAUUAUACCUCUUAAUUCUUCGCCAAACUGUGAUAGUGUUAUGGGUCUUGCAUCCCAGUCACGAGCUCAACAAACGGCUGCUACUUACUUCCGGUACUCUCUCAUGGAGCUGCUCCAAAAAAUGGUUGCUGGAGCACCACAGUUCGUCAGAUGCAUAAAACCAAACGAUAAUCGUCAAGCAAAAUUAUUUGACUCUGUUAAAGUGAUUAAACAAUUACGAUAUACGGGUGUUCUGGAGACAAUCAAAAUAAGACAGCAUGGAUUUUCUCACAGAAUUUUGUUCGCAGAAUUCUUAAAAAGGUAUUGUUUCUUAGCAUUUAGUUUUAACGAAAGGGUUGCCGCAACGAAAGAAAACUGUAGACUUUUGCUGAGUCGUCUGAAAAUGGAUGGAUGGGCUCUUGGGAAGACAAAAGUUUUCUUGAAGUACUAUCAUAUCGAAUAUCUUUCAAAACUAUACGAGGACCAGAUACGAAAAAUAGUUUUAGUACAAAGCUGCGUAAGGAGGUGGCUCGCCAGGACAAAGUAUAAGAGAUUGCGCAAAGAGAUGUCAUCAAGCGUGCUAACACUGCAAAGAUAUGUUCGCGGGUGGAUAACGAGGAAGAAAAUCAAGAAAGAAACAAUGAAACGAAACCAAAACAACAGAAAUGCAUGUUCAGAGCAGUUGAAGGAAAUCAACCAAAAUCAACAACAACUCCAGCGGCAAAAGGCCAAGAAAGCCAAGCUACCCAAGGAGAGUCAAAAAGAGAAUAGUGCUGCAGUAAUAAUUCAAAGUCAUUUCCGAGGUUAUACCAUACGCAAACAAUGGGGUCAACAGCAGCAGGCUAAAAAACAAAAGAGGGCACCACCUCCACCCGAGAAAAUCUCACCUCACAAACAGAAAGCGCAUCCACCCCUGAAACAAAAAUCCGACCAACAGUCGGAACUCAUAUCUCUUUCGCAGAAUGUCCACCUAUUGAACCAAGAAGCGCACAAAUUUAUGCGAAGGAAUAAAGCAGGUAUUCGCGUCAUGGAUGUAAAGGAUAUGCCUCAAGUAUACAUGCAAAAAGCCAUAAUAAACGAAGUGGCCAAGAAGCACGGCCCCACAGCAUAUUACCAAGCAGUCAAAGAUGAAAUGAGAAGCCUUUCCUCCGACGAUGACUCUGACAAUGAUUUGUCCAUAUGGGACCUCCCUCUCAUACAGUAUGAGAAUCAACUUCACCCUCUCAGGAACAAAAUGAUUACGUUAGAUAUGGAAGUAGAACGGCGUAACUUACUGGCUCAAAACAAACGACACGCGGUGAUUUGGAGUAGUCCCAUCAAAAACCCAAACGUUGAUGAGAGAUCGUGCGGUCCCUACGAUUUCCGUAAACUUCUCAGACCUACAGAGCACCCUCCCACAGAAUCUUUGCGUAGAAGGCUCGACGCAAGAACUCGACUUCAAAAUCUUAAAGCAAUGUAAUGAUUUUAGCAUACCUAUUGUCAAAUCAUGAUUUUUGACCAUCUCAUGAUUUUUAUCAGCUAUUUUUACCGAAGCAACAAUCUUCAUUUGAAGUCCUAUUGUUUAUGUGUAAGUAUUGGAAGUUCUCUUCUUCUGAAAUAUCUUGAUACAUUCGCAGAAUCAACUGUUAAACUGCAUUAAAUGUAAUUUGUCAUUAUUGUGUCUUGAAACUCAUGAUCUGAUCUAUUCAGUGGAAUCGAAAAAAUCUCUUACCUUGGAUAAAAUCGAGAAGUCUCUAGCUCAUUACAACUUUUGAGAAACGAAAAUGGACACCUUUAGGCAGAAAAAGUCAAUUUUUAUAGGAAAUCCAUCGCAAAUUGACUUCUGCAUUAGGAUGUCUAAUUAAAUGUGAGAUCAGUUGUGCUUACUGGAAGAUUUUUUCCUUUUUUCAAUUUUUUCUGCAUCAUUAAGUUUCAAAAUACAUAGCAAAGGAGAGCUAUCUAGUGGGUUUUUGUUCAGCACUGGAAGUAUUUAUAUAUACCUAAUACAUUUUACCUUGCUGUAAGCUGAAAGUCUUGCUGCACACACAGGUGUAUCUUCACCCACACAGGGAAGCGGGAUUAAACAUUUUUUGACACUCCAAUACUCCAGCUUUUUGAUGAAUUUUAGUGACAAAUACAAUGAAAGGUUUAAAUUUUCGAAUUUUUGAAUUCUUUGAAAGGUUUGACUUUUGUUCAAGCUAUUAAAUUUAAGGUGCCUAGUCAUUCAAUGAUGUGCUUGUAAUUAUUGGAUCUCAUGUCUUUUUUGUAAAUACUGUUGGAAAGAGAGUAAUAUUUUGCGUUAAAAUAGAGUAGUAUAUAAGGUUUAAGACUAAUUUGUUUUCAAAUUUCAAGUAUGCUCUCAAAUUAAAAGUUGAUUUAUAUUAAUUAUGUUAUUCUGUUGAGAAUAAAUGCUUCACAGUUAUCA